AUGAGCAACAAAUUAAAACAACCCCAAGAGCAUCGCCCAAUCAUAAUAGUUGGCGCUGGGGUCAUUGGUUUAACCAUUGCCUUCUACUUGACAAAACUUAAGAAUUGUCCUGAAAUUACUAUUUUUGCGAGAGAAAUGCCUCGACUAGCUUCUAGUCCUGGCGAUGAGUGGGUUGAAGGACAAUGGGCCAGUCCUUGGGCUGGUGCUAUAUUUGCCGCAGAUGAAAAUCCUGAAGACGAAGUGACCCAUUCAAUUGAACAAGAAUCUUAUCGCUACUUCUGGAAGAUUGCCCAUGAAGACCCAGCUAGUGGCGUGGAACUGCGUAUGAUUCGCCAAUAUUAUGAUGAAACAAGUGUGCCAGAUCCGGCAUCAAUGAAAAUCCAUUUAUUCACUCAAAAAUAUAGGCAAUUACGGAAUCAUGAACUACCUGUCCCGCGCCGUGGAAUUACUGGAGGCAUAGAAUAUAUGAGCAUGUGCAUCAAUCCCUGGGUAUAUUUGCCGUGGCUCCGGUCCAAAUUAGAAGGAACCGGGAAAGUCAGGUUUAUCCAGUGUCACCUAGAGAGCUUACAAAGUGCUGCUACGCAUUCAACUUUUGGAAGCAGCAAGGCAAGCCCAAUAAUAAUAAAUGCUAGCGGUUUGGGCGCAGGGACUUUGACAGACGUUAGGGAUUCCGCUGUCCACAGUGUCCGUGGACAAACUAUGUGGGUUCAGUGUGACUAUUCUGGAGCAAUGGCAAUUAGAAGCGGUCGUGAAUACACAUAUUUCAUUCCCAGAGCUUUUAGCCAGGGCGCUAUAUUCGGUGGAAUAUCACAACCAGAUAAUGACAGCAAAGAGGUUGAUGAAUCACUCAAAGAGAAUAUAUUAGAACGGAUCCGUGAUUUGGUCCCUGAUGCCUAUAAAGCCGCCCUUACAGUUGGAAAUCAAACAGUUCCUAAAACUAUCAAGCGAACCUCAAGUUUUCAAGGGGUGGGUAUCUUAAAAGAUAUUGUGGGGUUCAGGCCUGCUCGGAAAGGGGGUCAAAGAAUCGAGCUUGAUGAAAAGUCUGGCGAAACUCCGGUCAUUCACGCAUAUGGAUUUGAAGGUCAUGGAUAUAUAUCCAGUGGUGGAACUGCUAAACUAGUCUUGGACUUGAUUGAAAAACUACACCCCAUAAAGUCUCAUCUUUAA